AUGUCAUCGAUUUUUCUAGUGCUUUGGCUAACGCAGGCACAAAAACAGGAUCCGGCGGAGCGGAAGCACUUGCGGAGGCACAGGCAGCUAAUUCUGAUUCUGGUUAUGGAUUCUCUGGAGCCAACGCCAAUGCCAACUCGUUCAACCAAAACUACGGGGGAUUGGAUUUCUCCAGUGCCAACGCGAAUGCUAAUGCGUUCAGCCAAGGAUUUGGCCCUAAUGGAUUCGGCAGCAGCGCAGCGAAUGCACAAGCUCAGUCAUUCGAAAGUAGCGGACCGCUCGGAUCGUUCGGAGCGUCUGCAGCCAAUGCGGCAUCGCAGGGGAUCGCCUUUGGGCCUGGUGGCCUGUCCGGAUCGGCAUCUUUUGCUGGCAGUCAAACCUAUGAUCUGCCGGGGGGCAAAGACAUAUCGAUAUCGUACUCGCAAGGAAUUUCAAUUGGGGAGGAUGGUCUGCCGACGUACUCCGGGGGACAUGCAGUAAGUGUAAGCUAAUUGAUGUUGUCUGGUUCGUGUUUCAAAUUCGAAUAAAAAAUUCACAACGCUUAUAUAGUGAAGAAUAGAAAAUUAAUAAAACAUUCUACAUUUUUAUUUUAUUCGAGGGGUAAGCUCAGGUUGAUUUAUGUAAUCGCCUUUG